UCCAUCACUAAUUGAGAGCCCAACAAAGUUGCUUAGCAACGUUGCCCAUCGACGGGUUAAUUUAGCCAAACUAGUUAGCUUUCGGCCGCAAUUAUGAUAAGCUUUUUAUUCAUUGUUAAUCGUGCGUUCAGCAGCGCCAGUAGCACAGUGAUGGCACAAGCAGCUACUGGGCCACGUCCGCUCGUGUUGUGCGGCCCCUCGGGCUCGGGCAAAAGCACAUUGCUGAAACGUUUAUUUGCCGAAUUUCCGGAUACGUUUGGCUUCAGUGUUUCGCACACCACUCGCCGGCCGCGCGAAGGCGAGGAGCAUGGCGUCCACUACUAUUUCGUGGACCGGGACGUUAUGGAGCAGGCCAUCGCCAAUGAUGAGUUCAUCGAAACGGCAGAAUUCACUGGGAACAUGUAUGGCACAAGCAAGGAGGCCGUGCGUGAGAUCCAGAACCAGGGCCGCGUCUGUAUAUUGGACAUUGAACAGAAGGGCGUGGAACAGAUCAAGAAAACCGAUCUCAAUCCCAUCUUGAUCUUUAACAAUCCACCGACUAUCGACGAGCUUGAGCGACGUUUGCGUAAACGCAACACCGAAACGGAGGAGACGCUGGCCAAGCGGCUCAAUGCGGCGCAGGUGGAAAUUGAAUACGGUCUGACACCAGGAAAUUUCCACAAGAUCAUACACAAUGUGGAUAUCGAUGUUGCCUACGAGGAGUUCCGCGACUUUGUCGUCGAAGAGCUGAAGAAGCAGGAGGCGAUGGGCGUGCGCUUCAAUUAGUCUCAGCUCUUAAUUUGAUAUCUUCACUACAGGCAUUUAAACUUACUCAAUUAAUCCGUAUUUAUUGUGUGCAAUUGUUGUUGUUGUUAAUCUUAAGCAGAAAAUUUGUAAACAAUAAAGCAAACAAGUCCAAGAGGCUUUUUGCAAUUACAAUUUA